AUGACUUUAUUUUCAAAGGCCCCUCGGCAAUUGUUAAGUCGAUAUCUGUAUAUAUCCACUGGGCUUCAUAAACAACAAGUGAGAUACCUGUCUUGUACGGCUCUUACUGCCAGUGGUCAUAGCAAAUGGUCAACUAUAAAACACGAUAAAGCUAAGAAUGAUGCUUUAAGGAGCAAGAUUGCUACUAAAUUUGCCAAUAUGAUUGUUGUAGCUGUUCGUGAAGGUGGCAGUGCUGAUCCUAAUAUGAAUGUUCGACUAGCUGCUUCAAUUGAUAACGCAUUGAAGCUGAAUGUUCCUAAAAAAGUUAUUGAAAAUGCUAUCAAAAGAGGAUCAGGUGAAUCAGAUGGCCCUGGUGAAAAAUCCGAAACUGCUUUGUAUGAGGGUAUUGGCCCUGGUGGUGUGGCUUUCGUAGUGGAGGCUCUUACUGACAAUAAGAAUCGUACUGCUCAGCAGGUCCGGGCAGCAUUUAUGAAGUUUUCUGGCACUUUGUCACCAACGCUGUAUUUAUUUGAGAGACGGGGCUGGAUUGAACUUGGCGAGGGCGCAGUGCUUGAUGAUGAACUAUUCGAAUUUGUGAUUGAUCUGGGGGCUGAAGAUAUUGUUGAAAAUGAGACCUCGGGGCUGCUUACCAUAUACACAUCACCCCAGAGCACCAGUAAAGUUGCUUCAGGUAUCAAAGAUUCGGGAAAAUACAAGAUCUCCAACAUGGGUAUUGAGUACUCGGCUAAUCCAGAUACGUCAGUGGCUGAACUGGACGAAGCUAAAACACAAUCUUUGCAAAAGCUCAUCUCAUCUCUAGAAGAUUUAGAUGAUGUGACCGAAGUCCAUUCCAACUAUACGGGACCUGAUUUUGAGUGA